CGCCCAACAAGUUAAAAACUGUAGAAAAUUUCCCACGUUAAAUACGAAACUUUUUUAAUCUCGUCUGUGACAUUGUGUAACCGCAUAAAGAUUCAUAAAUAAAUUUCACUUCUCUUUGUAUUUUGGAGAUUAUACACACUGGCAGCAGGAAGAAGGAAAAAAAUUUCGAGGAUUUUAUAGAACGUCAGAUAAAAAGCUUAAAAGUACAUAUAUAACAAACCAUCCUUUUUACGGGAUAAAAAAAGUGUGAAAGGAAAUCUGGAAGAGCAAAAAAAUGAACGUGUUAUUGUGUUACGUAUUCUCGAGUUUUUGUAUCGUAAUUGUAGCCAGCGGACGGCUUCAAGUUACAAUGAAUGGACCACUUGAGCCGUGUCCGGGUUCUGAGAAUCAGAAACUUAUAUUGGACGAUUUAAAGUUUAUGCAACGAUCGUCCGACAAUUUUACUUUGAACGGAAAGUUUGUCAUUACGGAAACCAUAAAUGGGCCAAUUAGCCUGCAAAUUCUUUCAAAGAAAUACGAACGCGGUAUAUGGGUGAACAGCUUGCUCAAUCAGAAUAUUAAUGACUUAUGUACGGAAAUGGAGAAGAAAGACCGUGCCGAGUGGUAUAAAAUGUUCGAUGAAUGGACCGACAACAAGAAGUGUCCCUUAAUUCAGAAAGAAGGCGAAUUUAAAGAUUUUCCUACUUAUAACAGCAAAACGGCGCCAAAGACAAUACCACCAAACUUUUAUGGGAAAUACAAAACUGAAGGCCGUUUCUAUCAAUAUGUAGAUGAAGAGAGGGUUGAAAUGGCCUGUUACAUUGUUGAAUUCGAGAUGGCUAAUGUUUGAAAAUAAAAGCAAAGUUUAUUAACAAUCAUCUUGGUUUGUAAUCU